UUGAACGACUCUGGCUAUACCCAUACAAAAUCAUUCACAUCCAAUAAUGACGCUGAAGCGGCGUUUGAGGUCAUCGAACUCCCCGGGAAAGGAAAGGGGGUAAUUGCGAAACGCCGUAUCAACCGUGCCGAAGCAAUCAUGGCAGAUUGGGCUUCGAUGAUGGUUGACCUGAACUUCCCGACUUCUGUAAAGCGAGCGCAGGGAUAUCGGCUCCUUCACCUAGCUACCGAUCAGCUAUCGGACCCAGAGCGUGUGCUCCACUUAGCUCGCAGCAGUUCGUUCUCAGCCGACAUCGUAGAAGACAUACUUCGAACCAACGCUUUCUCCUAUACCCUGGCUGGGGACUCACAUAUGGCUCUCUAUCCUAAGGUUUCGAGAAUUAACCAUGCUUGCCAUCCAAACGCAUUCAUAAGAUUUACGCCAUCGAGCUUGGCCGUUAGCGUUGUUGCUUUGAGAGAUAUCCAGCCGGGGGAGGAGAUAAGUAUUACAUAUGUACCUCUGGGGAAAACACGCGAAGAGCGACAGAAAGGUUUACAGAAAUGGGGGUUCAACUGCACAUGCUCGCUCUGUACAGCAUCCAAAGCCGAAAUUGCCGCAUCCGAUUAUCGUAGAUCGAAGAUCAAGGAUAUGCGUCAAGAAGUCAUGAAGGCGGUCGAAGCUUGGGAUGGGACUAAGGCUGUCAAGCUCACGCGCGAGGUGCUUGAGUUGAUGCGCGCAGAGGAUCUUGCACCGCUUUAUGCUAGUCAGUACGAGAUAAUGGCGCGGCUAUAUUGGAAAGCGAGGGACAAGGAGACGGGGACCAAGUACGCAAAGAUGUCAAUAGACACGUUAGUGGACCAGGGAUAUCUGGAGGACAGCCCAGGUGCACUCCCGAUGUUGUUGGAGACCUUUGACGACUAGCCAGGGAAUUUCUAUCGUUUUACCCGUUUGGAAUAAUUAGAUUUUGGGGUCUUCCUCGUAAAUACAUAGGUACUUAUAAAUGCAACUAUCAGAUAAAUUAUACCUGCCUACUAGGUACUAUGAUCGUCUGAGGGCCUAACGCCCCCGGUCUCGGUAUCUAGCGCAUGUAAUUACCCCAAUUUGCAUUUACCCCGACCCUAAGCGAAUGUUUAUCAUAAGCUUGAAUCGUGGUAGGAGUAUCGGCCUACAAUGGGUGACGCACAGGCUCUUUUCUCGGCUUCACUUAUCU